AUGGUUAAUGCUUUGAUAUUUGGAAACUCGUCCCUGAUUAUCUAUCUCAGCUACAUGCUUUCCAGCUCAGGGUGGUAUAUCACCGUUUGCAAUUUCAAUAAUAGCAAGAACCUUCAUUCAAAUUGGUCCAUUCAAUUGGGGAAAACAAAAGUCUCUUUCCAAGUUCACAAACAGGUCAGGAAUAUAGAGGAAGUUCAUGGCAAGUUUGAUUUGAUUGUCUUCACUGAGGCUUUCUUUGGUAUCUUCAGCACGAAAAUCUCCAAGUUUAGAGGGUUUCUAAAUGAUAAAACUAAAGUGAUUGUGGAUUGCAACGAAUGUCCCUGGUUUUUUGAAAAAGUCAAUGAUGUACUUGACACCGUUGUUUUAGCAAUGUAUUCGGACAUUGAUUGUCGGAGACUUUCUCUGAAAUCAAAUAUGUUCAUAUUGGUUGGAGACAAGUCUGAUCUUACCUUGUACUUGGGAGUUUUGACAGGCAGAAACAAGAAACCCAAUGUUGAACUAAUUUUGGAAAAUGCUGAAACAGAUGAAGCUUUGAGCCAUUUUGUAGCAUCAUGUAAAGCUAGAUCAGUCAUUUUGGUGAUGAUUCCCUUUCAGUCCUAUCAUAUGUUGAUCCAGAUAAUUUGGAAAAACUUGAUAAGAGUGAUAUGCUUCCACACACUAUCUAUUGUAUUCGAAGAAAAAGAUGUUUUGGCUUUAUCAAAUAGUUCAUUUGUUGUUCCAUUGAUGAAGGGAACCUACCAGGAGUUAUUAUAUCUCUCCGACAAAUUGAAUCUCAAAUUAUUUCCAUCCAUUAAUUCUCCCAAAGCCAUUAGUUCAUUGCAGUUGUUAAUUCUCAUGGAAAGAGAUCGGUACUUGAAACGCAAAUCAGAACUCAAAUUGGACUACAACGACCUUGAUUCCAACCAGUUAUACUACAACUUUGUAAAUGGGUUUUCGUUAACCAUUAUAUGCACCUUGAACUUCCUCUUGAAUCAGGCUUUUGAGUUGGACGUGGAUGCAAAGUACUUGGAGUCACUUAACAGUUUCUUGAUAAGAUUGAUCCUGAUUAGAACUUCUCAGCAUUCGAACUUUUUCUACUUGAGAAAGAGAAUGCUACAGUUCGAUCCUAUCAGUGGAAUUCCUCCUAAAAAGAACAUGAUGAAUUUCCCACCUUUCAAUCCAUUGCCCAUUCCAAGUCCACCUAAGCAAUUCUUCAAUAGUGUGGUGGUGAUGAUGGUUAGGCCCGAAGUUAAAGCUGACUAUCCCAAGGAUGAUGCUUCAUUUGUUAGUGUUGAUUCAGCAAUCAAAGAUAUUGUUAAUGAAUAUGCUCCAGACACUUUUUACGAUACUCAAGAAGCUUCUGAUAUAUCUUCACCAACAUCAACCAUAGCACAAGAUAAGUUUUCAUAUCCUUCUGGAAACCUUCUGCUUCCUAAACAUCCCCAAAAUACGGGCCAGCAGAUGGCUUCAUACCAGUCUCAUUCACGGUUUUAUUAUACCUCUGCUGCCGCCAACCAAUAUUCACCAGUGUUGAGAAAAGCUUCUAGCUUUCAUCAUUUGCAGCCGACGAUCACCAAGAAUACGUCUGUUCAGCAGUUGAAAGAAACUCAUUCCAGUAUAAUGGAGGCUGUCCAGUUCUACGAUUGUAUAUAUGACCAAAACACUCGGUAUGGCAAGUAUGAUACUUCUACUGCAUUCGCCAACAGUGCUAAUAAUAGUAGAAGCAGCCAAAGUUCCUCCAAAAAGAACAAAUGAUUU